AGUUAAGCAUCAAACAAAAUCAGUUGUAAGAGCUGCAAGUAUCAACAAGGAAAAAUUGAUCCCCUCAUUUUAUAUGUGUGGGCGUGUGAGUGUGAGUGAAGAGGGAAGAACAGAGUCCCACCUCACAUCUUUCUGUUCCUCAAAUAAAAGAACCCUUCUUUGAUUCCUCCGCCUCCAUCCAUCAUUUCUUAGAUUCUUCCACCAUACCAUAUCUAAUUUAUAUCCUUAUUAUAUGAUUAUAUGAUUAUAUGAUUACAUGAUUGCCGCUGUACAAUCUCACACUAUUUCCCCUAGGCCUACUGCCUCAAUUUUUUAACCAAGAAUUGGAAUACUAUUUGCUUUUGCUAUAGUAUAUACUUGCUCACCUACCCAGUUGCCAACAAUGGAGUUUCUGCCUACCCAUUUCCCCAAAAUCGAAUCUUUCCCUCCGUUACCUUUAUCACUCCGCCUCGAGACAUGAAAUCUUCCAACUAAGCUUUGAGUUGAAAUUUAUCACACACAGAGAGGAAACAAGGUGACUGUGUGUGAUAAAGUUCUUUCCUUUUCAGUUUUCUUCCUGUUUCUGGGGUUUUUGAAGAUCUUGAAUGAUGGGUGGUGGAGCAGAAAUGAAAUCUUUAUCGUUCAAGAAAAGUGGGAUUUCAUCAGAUUCUCAAUUGAGGCUUCAAUGGAGCAAUCAAGAUUGCAACUUUUAUCCAGGUGGUGGGUUGUUUGCAUCUGUGCAAAUGGGGGAUAACGGAAAUGGUGGUCUGAAAUUACCCUAUGCUGAUUUGCUAGUGAAAUAUGUUUCAUUGCCUGAGGGGUUUAAGAAUCUUGGUGAGGAGAAGGGUUUGGGGGAGAAGAAGAAGAAAAGGGGGCUUAAGCUCAAGAUUAAGAUCCCUAAUCCUUCAUUAAGGAGGUUAGUUAGCGGCGGAAUUGCAGGGGCGGUUUCUAGGACUGUAGUUGCUCCUUUGGAGACGAUUAGGACUCAUUUGAUGGUAGGUAGCAGUGGGCACUCCACAACUGAGGUGUUCAACAAUAUCAUGAAAACAGAUGGGUGGAAAGGAUUGUUUAGAGGGAAUUUUGUUAAUGUUAUUCGUGUUGCGCCGAGCAAAGCCAUAGAGUUAUUUGUUUAUGAUACUGUCAACAAGAACUUGUCAUCAAAACCCGGCGAACAGCCGAAAUUACCCAUUCCUCCUUCUCUAGUCGCGGGCGCCUCAGCUGGGGUCACCUCGACACUGGUCACCUACCCUCUCGAGCUACUCAAAACUCGACUAACCAUCCAGAGAGGAGUCUACGACGGUCUGCUGGAUGCAUUUGUCAAAAUACUGAAAGAGGGUGGGCCGGGCGAGCUCUACAGAGGCCUCGCCCCGAGCCUGAUUGGAGUCAUCCCUUAUGCCGCCACCAACUACUGCGCCUACGACACUCUACGGAAAGCCUACAGGAAGAUCUUCAAAGAAGAAAAGAUAGGCAAUAUAGAAACACUCUUGAUCGGGUCAGCAGCAGGCUCCAUUUCCAGCACGGCCACGUUCCCUCUCGAAGUUGCACGUAAGCACAUGCAGGUAGGGGCCGUGAGCGGGAGGCAGGUGUACAAGAACGUGCUGCACGCGCUCGCCUGCAUCCUCGAGCAAGACGGGAUACAAGGCUUGUACAAAGGGCUCGGCCCGAGCUGUCUGAAGCUGGUGCCUGCUGCUGGGAUAUCUUUCAUGUGUUAUGAAGCAUGUAAGAAGAUUUUGGUAGAGAGAGAAGAGGAUGCAUAGGAAAAUGAAGAUCUGGUUUUUUGGAGAAUAAAUUCCACAGGGCUCUUUAACCAUAUGUCAAUAGACAUUUUUACAGGCAAACACAGUUUCUUUACAAAAUUUUCUUUUUUUAGUGUAGAAAUUUUUGCUCGGAACUUAUGCAGAACUACUGAUUUUGAGAUGAGAAUCAAUGUUGUUUUUCUGUUUUUGAUUCAA